AUGGAUAGUGAAUUAAAGCCUCCUCCUAUCUAUGAUACAACCUCUACUCCAUCAACAGCCAAUAUUAACAACUCCUCUGAUGCAAUCAGCACAAAUAGUAGUAAUAGCAGCACAUCGACUACAACAUUGGAAGCUGAGAAGUCAAACUACUUGGAACAAUUUUCAUGUCCAUCCAAGCUAAUAGAGCCACCACCACUUGAAUCCUUAAAGUACAGCUUUGAAAAGGAGGACACAAACACUUCUUCCACUCUUGCAAAAUCAGCAUCUGAUGGAGCCUUAUCCACAACGAGUAGCAGCAAUAUUUCCACGAAUAAUAAUCAAACUCUUCAACAACCAGAACAUCAAGAUCUUGCCUCCACCACAAUACCACAAGAAAAAUCAUCAUCAGCCUCUCACAUUCGAACAAGUUCAAUUACAUCCUCAUCUCAAGUGAGUUUGUCCAAAGUUACGAACAAUACAGAUCAUGUGCAAUACUUGUUCAAUCCAAAGGAUUUUAAGGUUGUUGGAAAUAGAAUUGAAAAGAUUGUUGACAAAUCCUACUCGAGCACAUUCCUUGAUACUCCAAUAGGAACAACAUUCACAGGAAAGAUUAAAUUGAAAGUAAGGAUUUUAGCUUUCCAAACUUGGUUAGCUGUUGGUGUUACCUCAUCAGAGAUUGUGGAAAAGCAAAUUUUCAACCUCUCUCCAUACCAUAGGAAUGGUAGUUAUCUAUACUCUCCGAAUGGAUAUGUGUGGAAUUAUCAAAAAGAGGACAAGACGAAAUAUGAUCAAGUUAAACAUAAAUGUGAUGUUGGGGAUACUAUAAUUAUGGAAAUAUGUACAGAACAAAAGGAGCUUACCUUUUACAAGAAUGAAUUGAAAAUAAUGACAAUUCCCAAUAUUAGUCUUCCUGUCUAUCCAGCCUUUGUAGCAUACGGUUUGGAACAAAUGGAAAUGUUGAAUUUCCACCACCAACCCAUUGAACUUCCAAAAUUCAUUAUCCCUGGUGCUGGAUUCUUUGUGGAUAAGCAAAAAGUCUCAAAAACAACCGAUGCCAACUAUGCAAGUGUAUUUAUAUCAAAAUUAUUGGAUGGAAGUGAAAAAGUUUACAAGUGGAAGAUUAAAAUUGUAAAUCUUAAUACUUGGCUUGGAUUUGGAGUGGUAAUGAAUUCAAUACCAGAAAAACAUAUUCACAGCUUGUCACCAUACGAUGACCAUUGCAUGUACAUGAUGUCCGCUAAUGGGUUUAUAUGGAAUCCUUCUCAGAGUGGAUCUAAAAAGUACAAACACGUGUACAGUAAGAAUAUUGAGCCAGGAGAUGUAAUUACUAUUAAGCUGAAUGCUGCCAAGAAAAAAUUGCAGUUUUAUAAGGGAAACUCCAAGAUUGCUUCGAUCCGUGAUAUCAAAUUACCUGUGUACCCUGCGAUAAUGAUGUAUGGGCACGAAUCAAUUGAAUUUUCUUGGACCUCUUAA